CGUGAAUUAACGGGAUAAGAGAGGAGGUUUUUUUUUUCGAGGAUUCCCGCGGGACGGGGAAUUUCGCCAUCCGUCAUGACGCGCCAUCGAUGCACAUGGUCGUCGGUGCUUCUUAUAUUUAUUAUAGGAUUAUGCCUGCACGACGUUCUUGCGAAACACCAUCACAUAAAAUUGAGGCACGAAAGACAUCGCCGACAACAUGGGGAGAGCUAUCUGCCAAGCAGUUUUGUGCUGGACACGGACGAGGCUGAACGAGGAACUUGGGGGCCCUGGUCGUCGGCCAGCUCCUGUUCCAGGUCGUGUGGUGGUGGUGUCGCCCAUCAGACCAGGCAGUGUCUCGACAUCGACGACAAUGGGUACAGCAGGUGCACCGGUGCAUCGAGGCGAUUCUUCUCCUGCAACAUUCAGGAAUGUCCAGGCGAGGCGAAGGACUUCCGCGCGGAGCAGUGCGCGGAAUUUAACAGCGUGCCAUUCGAGGGAAUUUACUACGAUUGGAUUCCGUACACGGGCGGGCCGAACAAGUGCGAAUUGAAUUGCAUGCCACGAGGCGAGCGUUUCUUCUACAGACACAAGCUGAUGGUGAUAGACGGGACGCCAUGCGAGGUGGAGAAGAACGACGUCUGUGUCGGAGGCAAAUGCAUGCCUGUUGGAUGUGACAUGAUGCUUGGAAGCGAGGUGAAGGAGGAUGCUUGCAGGGAAUGUGGAGGAGAUGGGUCUAAUUGUAAUACCGUUUCCGGUUUGUUUGAUACGGAUGAUCUUCAAGCGGGAUACAUCGAUAUCAUAUUGAUUCCCAAAGGAGCAACGAACGUUGUGAUAAAGGAGAUCGAACCCUCGAACAAUUAUUUAGCUAUUAGAAACACUUCGGGCCAUUAUUAUCUAAAUGGAAACUGGAGGAUAGAUUUCCCGCGAAGCUUGAAAUUCGCCGGGACUAUAUUCCAUUAUUCGAGAGAUCCGCAAGGUUUCUCAGCACCCGAUACCAUUACCGCCUUGGGACCGACGAAUGAGUCAAUUUACGUGGUGCUCCUUUAUCAAGAUCACAACGUUGGGGUUCACUACGAGUAUAGCGUGCCGAAGAGGGUUUCCCAGCAAACAGACGCGGAUAGUUAUACGUGGAUAACCGACGAAUUUUCCAGCUGUAGCGCGACUUGCGGUGGAGGUUAUCAAUCGAGACGCGUGGCCUGCGUACGAAGAAGGGAUAACCAACCGGUGGAUGAGAGCCUUUGCGAUCCGCAGUUGGAACCAGCUGACACAGAGGCAUGUAACGUGGACCCGUGUCCACCUGUGUGGGUGGAGGGCGAAUGGGGCCCCUGCAACAAGCACUGCGGCAAAGGAGGUGAGCAGAGCAGAGAGAUCAAAUGCGAGCAGGUCAUCUCCGGUGGAAUUCCCACAUUGGUGGACGAUAGUCAGUGUUUGGAGAAGGUAGGACCAAAAGGUCCGACCAAUCAGGAAUGUAACAAGGAUGUACCGUGCCCGCAAUUCCAUGUGGGACCCUGGAAACCGUGUGAUCAUUUGUGCGGACCGGGCAAGCAAACCAGAAGAGUGACGUGUUACACGAAGGUGGACGGGAAGAUUCAAGUGCUGGAGGAUCAGGCAUGCGAGGGAGACGUUCCAGAGCGUGAGAAACCUUGCGAAUUGAGACCUUGCGCCGGCCUCGACUGGGUCACGUCGGAUUGGAGUGGAUGCGACGACAAAUGUGGACUUAGCCAAGAAACCAGGACCACAUACUGCGCCACUCAAGAUGGAACCGUUUAUCCGGAUGAAAAAUGCAACGUCGAAAAGCCUGAAUUGACGCGAGAUUGCGAGAGUAAAAAGGAAUGCGAGGUUCUCUGGUUCGCUUCUCAAUGGAGCGACUGUUCAGCGAAAUGUGGGUCAGGUGUGCAGACACGCAAGGUGUUCUGUGGUACGUUCGAAGGUGAAACGGUGACGAAAGUGCCAGACGAAAAAUGCGACCUGGCCAAGAGAUUCAACGACACGAAAAAUUGCACAGCCGAAGAGGAGUGCAAAGGAGAAUGGUUUGCUGGCCCAUGGAGCAAGUGUUCGAAACCAUGCGGCGGUGGCACGAUGAACCGCAAGGUGAUUUGCAUGAAGGCCAACAUGACAGUGCCAAACUGUGGCAUCAACACGAUUAUAUUCUCCGUAGAAAAUUGCAACAAUCAACCAUGCGAAUCAGAUGAAGUGAUACCAGUGCAACCAGAUAAGAUCAAAGAUCUUACCGAGGAGGAUGAUGAAUGUGAAGUGUAUGAGGAUGAAGACUUUGUGACUGUCUCAUCUAGUCUUGCACUUAGCGAUAAAUCCAGCAAAAUGUCAGAUCUCACCGAGGCAACUCCCCUAAGUUCACCAAACACAGACGAUUCUACUGGAAACGAUAUGGACGAUUUAAUGCUUAACGAUGAUGGUGCCACUCGAGGCGAUAUAUCUCCUAGAGAAAUGGAAAAUGGUGAAGGAAGCGGAACAGAUUUCACCGAUACAUUCUUCUAUACUUAUACAUCGGAAUUCGAAUCAACAUUCGAAGGAAGUGGAACCAGUGAAAUCACAGAAGAAAACGAAUUGUUUACGACAGAAUCUGGAAUCACGGAAACUGAUGUUACCGAGGAGACUGUCGAGGGAUCCACCAUGGAUUCCACUGAUGAAUCGUCUGUGGAAUCGAUGACGCAAGAAAGUCUGGCAUCUGGACAAACAGAUAUAACAACCGAAUCAGGCGCAACCGAAGCAACAACAGUUUCUUCUGAGAGCGGAGCAACUGAAGCCACAUCAAUGACAGAAUCUAUGGAGACUGAAGAUACUGGACCGUCAGAAUCCACUGAAUCAGGUCCAACAACCUUUUCAUCGGAAAUUGAAAGCACAGUUACGGAACAAGAGAUGACUGAAGAAUCUGUAUCAACAGAUAUAAAACCUGAUGACACAGAUAAGACUACAGAAACAAGUGCCACUGAGGAAACUACUGAAUCAGGAUCCACAGAACCAACAAUUUCGACAGAAUCAAAAGCGACAGAAGAAAGUACAGAAUCUGGAGUUACAACAGAAUCUGGAGUCACAACAGAAUCUGGAGCCAUAGCAGAAUCUGAAGCUACAACAGAAUUUGGAGCUACAACAGAAUCUGGAACUACAAUAGAAUCUGGAGCUACAACAGAAUCUGGAGCUACAACAGAAUCUGGAGCUACAACAGAAUCUGCAGCUACAACAGAAUCUGCAGCUACAACAGAAUCUGAAAUUACAACAGAAUCUGGAGCUACAACAGAAUCUAUGUCAACUGAAGUUACAGAGUCAACAGAAUCUGAAGCUACAACAGAAUCUGAAGGUACAACAGAAUCUAGAGCCACAACAGAAUUUGAAGGUACAACAGAACCUGGAGUCACUACAGAAUCUGGAGCAACAACUGAAUCAGUAUCAACGGAAGUUACUGAAUCAACGGAAUCUGGAGCGACAACUACAGAAUCUGGUCCGACAGAAACUACUGUAUCUGGUGAAACUACUGAAUCUGGUGCAACAACGACAGAAGGAACGACGAUUUCUGGCGAGACUACUGAAUCGGCUGAAACUACAGAGUCUGGUACAACUGAGAGUGGUGAAACAACUGUUUCUGGAGUGACAGAGUCAACCGUUUCCGGAUUGACACCGGUUACUGAUGAAGAAGAGAUCGAAGUAACUGAGAAAACACACGUAACUGAAUUCUGGACAACACUCGCUCCGGAAGAAGUCACACGCAAACAUCGCGUUUGCAAGGUGCCUAAGAAGAAAAAGACCUGCAAAACCAUGCCGUUUGGUUGCUGUUACGAUGGAAUUACUGCAGCGCUAGGACCAUUCGGCCAAGGAUGUCCUAUGGCUCAGACUUGCAAUGAGACUAAACACGGUUGCUGUCCUGAUGGAGUAUCACCAGCUAUUGGUCCAGAGAACAAAGGCUGUCCUGAAUCUCUCUGCGAUGAAACAUUGUUCGGUUGUUGUCCAGAUGGAAUUACCGCUGCUGAAGGCAAUGAUUUCGAAGGAUGCAAGAAACUUUGCAACGAGACAGAAUUUGGAUGCUGUCCGGAUAACGAGACACCCGCUAGUGGAGAAAAUAACAUGGGAUGUUGCAAUAACACUAAAUUCGGUUGUUGUCCUGAUGGAAUAAAACCUGCUUCUGGACCGGACAGUGAAGGUUGCGAGGAGGAGAUCACUUCUAUCACUCCACUUACUGAAGAAUAUGAAACAACUACUGUGCAGGAAGAUUGUUCGAAUUCCACCUAUGGAUGUUGUCCGGAUGGUAUUUCCACUGCAAUUGGCGCCAAUUUUGAGGGAUGUGGUAUUAUUAAUGCGGAGAACUGUACUAUAUCGUACUUUGGAUGUUGUCCCGAUGGAGUAUCACCAGCUCUUGGGCCCAAUAAUUAUGGAUGCCAUAUGCCCUGUGAGAAUAGCAGUUAUGGUUGCUGUGAAGAUGGUGUUACUCCUGCACAUGGUCCCAAUAGAGAGGGUUGUUGUCUAUCAACACAAUACAAAUGUUGUCCGGAUAACAUACUUCCUGCUCGUGGUCCUGAUUUCUAUGGCUGUGGAUGUCAAUACAUGAGAUUCGGGUGUUGUCCCGAUAAUAGUACCGCUGCUCGUGGACCGAAUAACGAGGGUUGCGGAUGCAAAUACACGCCCCAUGGUUGCUGUCCAAAUCGUUUUACGCCAGCCACAGGACCGAAUUACGAUGGUUGUCCAUGUUACACAUAUCAAUUUGGUUGUUGUUCCGAUGGUGUCACCAUUGCAAAAGGACCCCAUGGACAAGGCUGCGGUUGCGAGAAUACGGAAUUCAAAUGCUGCUCAGAUGGAAGAACACCAGCAAAGGGCCCGAACUUUGCCGGAUGCACUUGCGAUGCCUCCAAAUAUGGAUGUUGUCCUGAUGGCGUGGAAGAAGCUCAAGGAGAGAAUUUCGAGGGAUGUCUCUCAGUUCCAUCCACUCCUGGAGCGGCUUGCGCAUUGGAAAGAGAUAGAGGACCAUGUCGAGACUUCACUGUUAAAUGGUAUUUUGACACAGAAUAUGGUGGAUGCUCAAGAUUUUGGUAUGGAGGCUGCGAAGGUAACGACAAUCGAUUCAAGACUCAGGAAGAAUGCAAGGAAGUGUGUGUGCAGCCUAAAGGAAAAGAUGCCUGUUUCUUACCAAAGAUUUCUGGGCCUUGUGAAGGCUAUUUCCCUACAUGGUAUUACGAUUCUGGCAGAAAGCAGUGUGGUCAGUUUGUCUAUGGUGGAUGCCUUGGUAAUGCGAAUAAAUUUAAAACCAGAGAAGAAUGCGAGGAACUUUGUGUCACUCCUGAUGAUCUGGAUCCUUGCGACCAAACGAAAGAAUCAGGUCCCUGCGAGGGCAACUUUACCAGGUGGUACUUCAAUGCAGAAUCACAAGGUUGCGAGCAAUUCCUGUACGGUGGAUGCAAAGGAAAUGAUAAUAACUUCCCAACGGAAAUCGCUUGUCAUCAACAAUGCUUGCAACCAGGAAGGAGACGAGUAAAACUGACAGACGUAUGCCGCUUGGAGAAAGAUCCCGGCCCUUGUCCGGGCUCUGUGUUACGCUGGUAUUAUGACGCCGGGCGUCAGACGUGUAACCAAUUUGUUUACGGCGGUUGUAAAGGCAAUACGAAUAGAUUCCAUACGCGUGCUGCCUGUGAGCAGCGCUGCCCUGUAAAAGAUAGUUGCUUGCUGCCGCGAGCCGAAGGUAAUUGUGGUGAGAAGCAAUCUCGAUGGUACUUUGAUCAAUCGGAGAAUCGGUGCAUGCCAUUCUAUUAUACUGGUUGCGGUGGGAAUAAAAAUAAUUUCGAAUCUAGGGACGCAUGCGAAUCUGAUUGCCCGGCUAAAGUUGAGCAAGAUACCUGUCUCUUGCCCGCACUUUUGGGAGAAUGCCACAACUAUACUCAACGAUGGUACUACGAUUCCUACGAACAGCAAUGUAGACAAUUCUAUUAUGGUGGUUGCGGUGGAAACGAAAAUAAUUUUGUCACCGAACAAGAUUGCAUUAACAGAUGUCAGACUACGAUUACUACCCCUGCGCCAGUAAGAGAAAUCGAAUUUAAACCAGAAUUCUGCUUCCUUCCGGAUUCUCAUGGUCCGUGUUCUGAUGAACAAAUCAAAUGGUUUUAUGACAGUAGAGAAGGUGUUUGCAAGCAGUUCAGAUAUGGGGGCUGCCAAAGCAAUGGAAAUAACUUUAAUAGUCGCGAAGAAUGCGAAUAUAGAUGUGGAGACGUUCAAGAUGCUUGCAGUCUGCCCAAAGUUGUUGGUCCCUGUAGCGGUUUUGUCAAACAAUACUAUUAUGAUUACCGAGCAGAUUCUUGUUACGAAUUUGAAUAUAGUGGUUGUCAGGGUAACAAGAAUCGCUUUCAGGAUAAAGAAUCCUGCGAAAAAAGAUGCCAGAAACAAGUUGUUCAAACGGAAACAACGCCAAAUGUUACUGUUACACUUGCUCCAUCACUUGAAACUGUUUCGAAAAGCCCGAUUUGUUAUACUCCUGUUGAUCCUGGUUCUUGCAAUAGUGAUAUCACAGCUUUUUAUUACGAUUCACACAAUCAGAUGUGUCAAGCAUUUCUUUAUGGCGGUUGUGAAGGAAAUGCGAAUAGAUUCCAAACAGAAGAACAGUGUGAACGUCUUUGCGGAAAGUUUCAUGGACAAGAUACGUGUAACUUACCGCCGGAUUCUGGUGAAUGCCGAGGUUACUUCCAAAAAUAUUACUAUGACUCGGUCAACCGCAUAUGUCGCGAAUUUUCAUACGGUGGAUGCGAAGGUAAUGCGAACAGGUUUAGUUCAAUGGCUGAAUGUGAAUCUGUUUGCAUUCAUCAUGAGGAACCCGUGUUUCCUGGAAACGACAGCCUUUCAAGCUUGUCAAGUUGUAAAGAACCAGUUGAUGUUGGGUCUUGCACUUCUGGUGCUACCAAACGAUUCUAUUUCGACGAUGAAGAACAAACCUGUCGAGCGUUUAUUUAUACUGGAUGCGGUGGAAAUCGUAACAGAUUCAAGACCUUUGAGUCUUGUAUUAGUACUUGCCUUAGCACUACUAACGAGAUCGACGUAGAUUCCGGAAAGGAUACAAAGGAUCCUUGCACCGAAGCACGCGAAGAAUGUCAGACUAUCCGUUGCCCGUAUGGCAAAGAGGCGUUCGUGGACUCUCAGGAUUGCGAACGAUGUCGUUGCGUUGAUCCUUGUAGAACACAAAUUUGUCCCGAUAACACAAAAUGUGCCAUUACCUUAGUUGCUACCAAAGAUGGUACAGAAUACAAAGGAGUAUGUAGAUCAGUUAUGAAACCAGGCCGUUGUCCAAGUAUAUCGAAUAGUACUAGAUGCGAACAAGAAUGUCUCACGGAUGCAGAUUGUUCUGGAGAUAUGAAAUGUUGUAAUAAUGGUUGUGGUGCUUCUUGUCUCGAACCAGCCACCGAAGAAGUUAUAUUGACUUCUCCAAGACCGUUCGUUACUGCACCUGCAGUUGGUGCUGAAGCAGCUUCCAUCAAACAACCAGAGGAACCAAAAGUCAAUGCUCAGGAAGGUAGUUACAUAACAUUGAAGUGCAUUACUUUAGGAAAUCCAAGACCAAUGAUCACAUGGAGAAAAGGCACAACCUUGAUUGCACCUUCAGAAGCCAGACGUCGCAUAUUAUCCGAUGGCUCUCUUCAAAUUAUUAAUUUAGAUCGAUACGAUGGUGGAACUUAUGUCUGCACAGCUGACAAUGGCUUAGGCCCACCGGUAAGAGCAGAAUACCAAUUGACUGUCACAGAACCGAAAGAACUAGCUGCAGCCAUUGUCGGAGAGCCUGAUGCACGUGUGACAGUUGCCAUAAACUCUCCCAUAUCUCUGCACUGCUACGCAUGGGGUUGGCCCAGACCUUUCGUCACUUGGUGGCGAGGCGAACGCAUGUUGCCACUUGCUUCGGAGAUUUACGAACAGGAUUCUGAAUACACCCUUUUGAUUAGAACAGUCACUAUACAAACUCUAGGUGUUUAUACCUGUCAAGCAUUUAACGCAAUUGGCAGAGCUGCAUCUUGGUCGAUCACAUUGCAAGCUAUCGGUCCAGUAUAUAAUGUCAAGCCCGAGUUCGAACAAUAUAUGAAAUACCUGAUUGAUGCUCCUAGAAAAGCAGAGAAACCUACAUAUCCUUAUAGACCCGAUAGAACCCAAAUUCCUGACUAUCGUCAGAUUUAUGGAGCUAGUAAUACAACUAGACAGAGUCAAAUUUCUACGGUCAAUCCUAUUGGAUGGACUACUCCGGAGUACGGUUUGAGGUUUAGAGUGCCUGUCACAGCCAAUAUAACGAUAGGACAAAAUCAGUUCCCAGAGGGUAGUGAUGUUAAUAUCGCUUGCCAUGUCGAUGGUUAUCCGAUUCCUCGAGUAUCUUGGUAUAAGGAUAAUGAGAUAAUUCAUCCGAACAAUCGAAUUCAAAUUACUGAAGUGAACAGACUCGUAAUCAGCGAUGCGAAUCGGGAAGAUUCAGGAAGAUAUCGUUGCGAAGCGAGUAAUGAUUAUUCGUCUGCUUCUGCUAUGGUGGAUAUACAAGUUGCUGGAAUCUUCAUUCACCCGAACUGUCAAGAUAAUUCAUUCUUCGCUAAGUGCGACUUGAUCGUUAAAGCAAGGUAUUGCACACAUAAAUACUAUGCGAAGUUCUGCUGUCGAUCUUGUACCGAGGCUGGUCAACUUCCCUCCAGAGGUCCUCACUUAAAUAACUCGAAAAGAAGGCGAAGAUACAUUCUGAAGAGCCUUGUCUAAGAAUCCUUCUUCGAUUUCUUCCGGUUAGCCCGACGAACAAAGCAAAGAACAGCAGUUACGAUCAGAUAUCGGCUCUUAAUGCAUAAUUUCGAUUAUUAAUUAUAGAUAUAAAUGAAAGAAACGAUGACGAGAUUUAAAAGUGAUCAUUCGAUUCGACACAUUUGUCUGUCUUGAUGGUGUGCCGUGUAAACGUGACGUUAAUUCACUGCCAAAGCCUUAGAACGUCUAUACAUAGAUACAUUUAAUAUAUAAAUUAAGCAACAGCGAGGCGGGAGAACGUGAAGAUGAGUCGCAUAACGAGAUAAUAAUGUAAUGAUUCUUUUUUCGUUGAUGUUUUAAUUAUAUUCCUCCGUAUAUCUUUGUUUCAAAGUCGUCAUCGUCGUUGUCGUUUUAUGUAUGUAUAUACGAUCUGACGCUGGAAUCCUAGUCGAUCGAAGCCAUAUUAGGACAGAAAUGAUCGCUGUCCAUCAGAAAGCGUCUCGAGAUUGGAUACCCGAUCGAUGCUAUUUUGCUUUUCUUUUCCUUUUCCUUUCCGUUCGAAUCGCGUUUGAAUUGUUGGAUAUCUAGUUGUGAGAGUUAUACGAGAAUCAUAUGAUGAAAUAUAAUAAUUAAAAACUGGAAUAUUUGAUAAAAAUAUCGUUAAGAAAAAAAUUUAUUGAGAAGAAAAUAAAAUAGCUCUUUAAUUUAAAGUAAACUUGUUAAUUUUUAAAUUAUUAUAAAUUGUUGUGUUAUAAAAAUCUUUUGCAAUGAUGAUAUAUUUUUUUGAAUUUUAAUUAAUUGAAUUAAAUUAUCUAUGAAGAAAAGAAAUAAUCAAAUUAUUCCAGAAAUUAAGUAUGAUGGAUCCACACAAUGAUGAGAUCUAUCGAUCAAUUUGUAAAUGUAACAUGAACGAUAUAUAAAAAUUUAAUCGUGUUAGGGGAACAAAAGGAUAAGUCAAAAGUCAAUAUGUAAUUUUUCUUUUUUUUUUUUUUUUGUGUGAUCGAAACAAAAGAGAGAGGCGAUAGAGAAUGGAAGUAGGAGAGGGAACCUGUACCUAUUUGUAUGAAGUAUAUACGUAUAAGUAUGAAACGUUACGUUGUAUAAUAUAAAUAGUUUAUUAUGCAGUAUGCCAUUUAUAUACUCUAUAAUAUUGUUAUUACUUAUUCCUUAUUCGAUAUUAUUGCCAUAGCAUGAAUUAGUCCUUUGUCACGAUUGAACGAUACUUAUAUCAUAGCGACGAUUGGUAAUGUGAAGGUGCAACAUCGUGACGACGAUCUUGAUUUGUCAAAUGAAUUAUAACAAAUGAAAAAAUUAACUAGACUGGAGAUAAAAUUGAUUAGAUAAAAUAUUGAAACUUUCUAUGUUUCUAUUUUGUUUCUCUUUAUUUUUAUAAUUUUAUUCAAUUCUAUUUCGAUAAUUGUAUAAUAAGUUAACUAAAUGUUGCAAUUAUAAAAAUCUAAAAUUAUAAUUUUAGAGAAUUUUAUUUGCAAAGCUUGUUAAAAAAAAUUAACUCAUUGGAAGUUGAAUAAUAAUGUACAAGUAUUGAAUCACGAUACGCACCUUCUUUCACUAUAUUAACAUGUUGCAUUUAUAUAUUUGUUCCUGAACAUUUUAAUCGUAAUGUUAACUACAUACUGUUACUAUAUACUGUAUCAUCUAUCGUGAUUUCUUGGCAUUCGAAAAUGAGAGCAUACAUUAUAUAUUUUUUUAAUAUUAAUUUAAAACUUAUCAAAGUUUCACAAUUUUUUCAAAUAUUCAUUUUAUAUAAAAUAAUAUAUUUCUUCCUUGUUUAAUAUAUUAUUUCACAAAAAAAAU